UGACAAGCAGCCACAUCAACUCCAGGAUUUGUCUGUCAGAUUCACUCACUGGGAUUGCGUUUUGUUUAAAUGAGUCGUCAUUUAUGCUAAUAACUAACCGGAUAUUUCCCCUGACACGGAUACAACUGGAGUAAACGCGAUCUGAUCAUCUGAAUUUCUGCCGACUUGAACAGACAUCAGUUAGGAGAGUCUUGUUAUGAUGCUGCUGAAGCUGAAGUGGACGAGCUCUGGAGUCAAAGACACUCCACACACACUGCUCUUCAUCAUCAUCACCUUCUGUGUCUUCUUCAUGCUGGAGAUCGUGGACGCAAACUCAUGGUGGUCUCUGGCGAUGAAUCCUCUGCUGAUUCCUGAAGUGUAUGUGAUCGGUGGUCAGCCGCUGUGCAGUCAGUUAUCUGGACUCUCCAAGGGCCAGAAGAAGCUCUGCCAGCUCUACCAGGACCACAUGCAGUACAUCGGAGAAGGGGCAAAGACGGGCAUCAGGGAGUGCCAGCACCAGUUCCGCCACCACCGCUGGAACUGCAGCACCGUCGACAACUCCACAGUGCUGGGCAGAGUCAUGCACAUCGGCAGCAGAGAGUCAGCAUUCGCCUUCGCCAUCAGUGCAGCAGGAGUCCUGCAUGCAGUGAGCCGUGCCUGCAGAGAGGGGGCGCUGUCCAGCUGUGGCUGCAGCAGAGCCUCCAGACCCAAAGACCUGCCUCGUGACUGGCUAUGGGGCGGCUGCGGAGACAACCUCAACUACGGCUACCGCUUCAGCAGAGAGUUCGUGGAUGCCCGCGAGCGAGAGAAAACGUUCAGCAAGGGCUCCGCGGAGAGCGCCCGGCAGAUGAUGAACCUGCAUAACAACGAGGCCGGACGCAGGAUAGUGUCAGAUCUGGCUGACGUGUCGUGUAAGUGUCACGGUGUGUCCGGCUCCUGCAGUCUGAAGACCUGCUGGCUCCAGCUCGCUGAUUUCCGCAAAGUAGGCGACGUUUUGAAGGAGAAAUACGACAGCGCCGCCGCCAUGAGGAUGAACGGGCGUGGGAAACUGGUGCAGAUGCACUCCAAAUUCAGCCCUCCGUCAGGCCAGGACCUGCUGUACCUGCAGCCCAGCCCGGAUUACUGCAUCCGGAACAGCAGCUCUGGCUCUCUGGGCACGCAGGGGCGGCUCUGCAAUAAGACGUCUGAGGGAAUGGACGGCUGCGCGCUCAUGUGCUGCGGACGCGGGUACGACCAGUACAAAGCGGAGCUGGUGGAGAGAUGCCACUGCAAGUUCCACUGGUGCUGCUACGUGCGCUGCAAACGCUGCUCCAGCAUCGUGGACCAGUACGUCUGCAAGUGA